AUGUCAGCAUCCCUAGGGAAUUCUGAAGGCAAAGCCGAUGUCUCGACAACUGUGGAGAGCCAAGAUGAACACCCACCACCUCGUCCCCGAUUUUUCUACAGUACCCUUUUUCAAAUCCUGGUUGUAGGAUUCUGUGCAUUUUGUGCGCCAGGGAUAUGGAGUGCAAUGAACGGGUUGGGUGUGGGCGGAUCCCAGAGCCCAGAUUUGGUCAACACAGCCAACGCCUUACUAUACGCCUUGAUGACAGUGACCUGUUUCGCGGGUCCUUUCCUCACAAACGCGAUCGGCUUCCGUUGGACUCUGACGUUAGGGUCACUUGGAUACCCACUCUAUGCAGCGGGGUUGUAUCUGAACAAUCGCACUGGCGCAACAUGGCUUGUGUAUCUUGGGUGUGUCACUUGCGGCAUCAGCGCUGGUUUCUUCUGGAGUGUUGAGGGUGCUGUCGCCACAGGGUAUCCCGAGCAACACAAGCGUGGUCGCUACAUUGCAACUUGGUUCACGUUCCGCAAUUUUGGAAACAUCGUCGGUGGUGCUGUCUCUUUGGGAAUCAACCACAGUGUCAAUCAUCGCGGCCAGGUUGGGUACCAGACAUACCUUGCUUUUAUUGCCAUCCAGUGUCUUGGACUAGUCAUUGGUCCUCUCUUGUCGAACCCAGAGAAAGUGCAAAGAGAUGAUGGAGCACGUAUCGAGGCGCCCCGUGGUAUCCACUUUCGUGAAGAGCUCUCCGCGAUGUGGCGGUUAGCGAGGAGUAGGUCAAUCUUGCUCCUUGUCCCGCUGUUCUGGUAUUUCGGGUGGAUCCAGGCAUACCCUGGUACAUAUCUUGCCACAUAUUUCACCGUUCGUUCUCGCGCACUCGGAAGCUUCAUGUCUGCGGUUGUAGGGACACUGGCAACUUGGUUGGGCGGGUCGUUGGUGGAUCUGACUUGGUUGAAAAAUCGGAAACAUCGAGCAAUCGUCACAUUUGUCCUGAUCGCACUUAUGAACAGUGCGACUUGGAUCUGGGCAGUCAUUAUCCAAAACGAGUACCGACACACCAACCCCGUGUUGGACUGGGGCGAUCAGCGCUCCUUCGGUCGUGGCUUUGGCCUUUAUCUUUUUGAACGCAUCAGUCUUGGUCUGGUUGAGAAUUAUAUUUACUGGUGUAUCGGAAAUUUGUCGGACUCACCCGGCGAUCAAAUUCGAUACAGCUCAUUGCUUCGGGGGAUUGAAACCGCUGGAGUUGCUGUCGGAUUUGGCGUUCAGGCUGUACCAACAGCUUUGAUUGCGACAGCGAGUAUUAAUCUCGGCUUGUGGUUCAUCGCUUUACCUUUCAGUUAUUAUGCCACUCUCCGAGUCGUUCGGAAGUUCGAAUUGUUGGAGAAAGGAAAGCAGAGUCCGGAUGGGCGGGACAGAGUGGGUGAAUGA